AUGGAAGAAUCAAUGAAAGAGAAGAAGCAGGUUGAAUCGGACUGUAUGAGAGAAUGCAUGAGGAAGCUGUCGCUUUGGUACACCAAAACCUUCAAUCCACUCCUCACCCACGAUGAUCUCAACCCCAUUAUGGCCACCCUUGGCUUCGUCCCUUCCCUCGUCUCCGUUCCCGUCCACACCACUGAGAUUGAUCAUCAAUUUGAAUUACACUCCACACAACCCACCUUUACCGCUCCCUGGAUUGAGUACUUGCAUUGUUCCAGUGGCCUGACUUCCGAUUUUCAGCCGCCUAGGCCACGUCUCCCCUAUUCCAGGAUUGAUGGUCUCCACAUCUACACCUACAGGGCCUUUCUCGAUGCCCUCAACUUCUAUCUCCGCAUGCCCAAUCUCUCUGAUCUCUUUCACGUUCGGGGACUGCCGCUCCAUCAAGUUCACGAUCGAGGCAAGAAGUGGUGGUGUAUGGGAGAAGACGAUAGUAUCUUUGUCUAUGGAGAAGGGACAUUGGAUCAAGCUGCAUAUGAUUCCUAUUGUGUCGAGAAGAAUGGAAUAAACUCCAGCAACAGUAACAAGGUUUGCAAUUCUAUCACAAUCCGAAACAAAGGAAAGUCUACUCAUAGCAGCCGCAUGGUUCCACUGAAAGAUAUCAUAGUGUUAUCCUUAUAA